GGUCCAAAAGGGCUGACGGUGUCCCUGACAAGAGUCCAGGAUGAGGCAGGACAUCUGCAGCCUGUCCUGGUUGCGAACUGGACCCUCAGGGAUGACGGCAGCAUCAGUUACCUAAAAGCCACCGAGCUGCACGUCAUGGUGAUGGCCACCAAUCAGCACCUGUGCGUCCGCUAUUCCUUUAAAAACAAACUCCCGAUGAGGAAUCCGCACGACGACAUGUGGUCAUUCUCAGCAAAUAUGGUGGUGGUGGACCCGGGUCACAGCUAUCGGGUUUCUGUCUUCAACAUCCCCAAACCGGAAGUGGGCCACAGCGACUAUGACGUCAGCCAGGAUGUUGUUGUUCCAGGUUGUCAAGACUCGCGGAUGCUCGUGACCCAGUUUUGCAUCGAGAGAGGAAGUCUUUGGCAGUCCAACAUCAGCCUGGACGUGACAGCCAAACAAAGACAGACACUGACAGUCAGCUUCAGUCCUGACCCGCUGUGUGACGAGUACAUGGUUAUUGUGAACUGUGCCUCCGACCAGCAUGUUGACCAUGCGCACAAGGUCAACCAGGCGCGUCUGAAUGUCUCCUUCAGCCUGGCGAAGUGGCCCAGAUACUGCUGCCAGUUUGACGUCUCGAUCAAACCCAUGUUCCGAAAAUGUGGCGAAGACUGCACCCGUCAUCAGAGAACGCUGGACAUUUGUUCAGCCAAGCCGACAGUUCCUCCGGAUGCUCCCCAAUCCACACCUGUUAUCGUGUGCGCGGCGCUCCUAAGCGCUGGGAUUUUUGCCAUUUUUAUGUACAUCCUGUGCGGGAGGCCAGGCAAACCCGGAGAAGCCUCGCUCGCAGAUGAGAAACCGAAACGGCAAGAGCAGGAGCGGCAAAUUCAGCAGACCCCCAAGGUUCUGGUGAUCUACUCGCAAGACCACCGCCUCUACAGGGACAUCGUGCUGAAGCUCUGCGCUUUUCUGAGGGCGAAAUGCGGAGCCAAGGUGCUCAUCGACUUGCUCGACGCCACCUCGGUGGGCACGGUCGGCCGCGUCCGCUGGCUGGAGUGGCAGCGGGGCCAGUUGCGGAAUCCCACCGACAAGGUCUUGGUGCUCUGCUCGCGCGGGGUUCAGGCCAAGUGGCGCGCCAUGUGCGGCCACCGCCGCGUCACGUUGAAGGAAGACGUCCUGUCGCCCACCGACGACAUGCUCACCCCUUUCCUGAACCUCUUCCUGCCCGACAUGCACCAAGCGCGCAAGCACGGCAAGUACGUGGCGGCUUACUUCGGCGACGUCAGCGGCGAGCGGGAUGUGCCGUCGGUUUUCGACAUCGGCGUGAAGUACUCGCUGAUGAAGCACUUUGAGGAGCUGUACUUGGGCCUGCUGGACAUUGAGAAGUACCAGCCGGGUCAGAUCAACCACAUACGGGGCAUCGGCGGGGACGAAUACUUCAACUGUCCCUCGGGUCGAGCCCUGAGGGACGCCAUCGAAACCUUCCGGGCGUACCAGAUUGAAAACCCCGACUGGUUCGAGAGGGAGUGCGUGCAAAGUGAGGAAGACCUGCCGAUAGAGUCCGGUGGUCUCGUUGACCAGCAGCGGGGCUCGCCGGUCCUCGAGUGUCUUCCGCUCAUCCGAGACGGACUUCCCGUCUAUACGUGCGAGGCGGCCAUAAGAGAUAACGGAACCGGCGUUCGAGUCUUAACCCCGGAGCUGAACCCGGAGAGCCGGCGCUCGUCCGGGGCAGAACUUUUGCCGCUGGUGAACCCUGCGAACGGGCACCGGCGGCAAUCGGUCCUGCCUCAUCUCCACCCCACCGACGGCCCUCGGUCCGUUUUUGUCGCCGAACCCGUUUUGUCCGUCAAGCGCCCUCCGUCUGCUGAGGGGAGGCGCAUAAGUCAGAUCCCUGAGGAGGAUGAGGAAGAGUCCGAAGUCCUGAACUCCCAGGGAUCAAACUCACAAGAGUUCUCUCUUGGGAACCAAAUCAGCCAGCCUGCGGAACCCGGGGCGGACGCUUCCAACAGUGGAUCCGAUCAAGGCUACAUCUCCAAAAUGCCUUCCCCGCUUGGAAGUCCUUCCGAGGAGGACCCCCUCGUGGCUCUGGUAAGGCUGCAGGAGGAACUCUUUCUGAAAACUCUGGACGGCUCUGAGUUUGAGCUGUAGACCCCCCGUUUUCAGGGACAGCGGUCACUCCAGGUCCAAUGGGUUCAGAAAACCAUCUGACCUGUUUUUUCUUUGCUCAGCUCUUAGCUUUGUGCUCCUGCUUCUGUAUCCAUGGAGAGGAAGGAUGCUCUUUUGCUUUUAAAAUCCCUGUUGCACUUCAUUUUUUUUUUAUUGUUGUUUUAUGAAGUUGCACUCAUGACAAAAUGUGGCACUUUUAUUUUGAAACGAAAUUUGCACUGUGUUGCGUUUUCUUCGGUUCCACUUGUAAUCAUAACCUUCAAAGAACCCAAUGGUACUUUUUUUUUUCCCCAAUAAAAGAUUUUAUUUUAUUUUAUUAUUUUUUUUUAUUUGACCGUGACCACACAAUAUUCUUGUCUUAACAUCUACGGUACAUCCAGUAGAUUGGAAUAUAACGGUACAGAUAUACAGCACACAACUUGACCACGUGUAGGUAGUACUAGUUUCUGUAAACAACAGCAAAGUUUCCCUGUAAACGUGUAGGAAGAAGGGGGGGGGCAAAAAAAUAUAUAUAUAUAAAACCGGUUUGGGUUCCAAAUGUUGCGUAUUGUUCAGUUUGUGUCCAUGAGCGAGACUGAAGUCCGUUUUUUUUUUUUUUUUUGUCCUUUGGUAGUUUGAAUGAAACUAUGCUAGCUCAUGCAGAUUACAUUACAAUGUGACAUUUGUCUUUUUUUUUUUUUUUUUAAAGCAUGAAAAACAAAAAUCAUAGAAAGCAUUUAAAAAUAUUUGGUGUGAUGCGAUACGCAGCCGAUUGUUCCACAUGAAGCAAAGGCGAAAAGAAGCGAUUGAAGCAGCAUUAUCUUGCACACAAAUCUUGAAUCGAUCUCAUGAGUCGGGUCAUGUGACCUGCUUUGUGGAGGGGGGGGCGGGACGGGGGUUUCAUUGGGAGUCAUAAACAGGAAGUCUGUGGUUGAUGACAUCAUCAAGCGGGGCAGCAAUUGGGCGGGGGGGGAGGGGGUCCGGUUGCACCCGUUGCCAUGGCAACGGGUAUCUUGCCCGCACCCGCGAGCUCGGCAAAAGUCCCCUCGACUUGUGCCGCUUGAUUUAUUUGACCUCAAGCCGAUUUCACGUUGUCAGGAUGGCGGUGGGAUUGUCGCCCAAAAAAAUGUCCUCCAAAACCCCUCAUGGGAAUUUACGCGAUAGGAAAAAAAAAAAAUGUUUGAAAUGGAUGGCUGGACAUUGCACGUCGUGUAAGGCACGAGUCAGUUUCAGCGCUGACCUGCCUGCUUGGUGAGCAAAUCAAUUGUACAGAAUGCAACGCUAUGAGGCACUAAAUGCAGACGACUGCGCAAAAAA